AUGACUUUGCGUAAGAAAUUUGUUGGGCUCAGUUUGCGAACAGUUUUAUUUAUCUCAUGGGCACUCGGUCUCUUUCCGUUUACAUUCAAUGCAAAGAAAAGAAAACUACAGCGCUCCAAAUGGCUUAUAUUUUAUGGAAUCAGCGUUAAUAUCGGAUUACUUUGGUUUCUUGUUAUCUAUAGCCCCACUCAGACUGAAGCGGGUACAUUGGAAGUUUAUCUAAAAAAUCAUUUGUUGGAGCAAAUUAAUAUAAUAGUUGCAGCUUUUGGAUUAGUCGCCAUUUGUAUAACAUACUUUCGAACUUUUUGGAAGAGCCAAGAACUGAAUGAUGUUUUAAAUGAAAUGAUGCAAAUGGACAAAGUGCACUUCAAUAAGCGGAGUUUAGAAGAAAGUAUUUCCAAAUUCGAUUAUUAUGUGAUGCAGAAAAGCCUAUCGACAAUUGGUGAAGUUCUCUCAACUGUGAUCGUACAUGUGGGUCUGCCUGGUCACAAAAAUGUGAUUUUUCCAUUGCUUAUGUCGUGCAUAGUGCAUGUGGGUAUUCUUCUCGUGAUAAUGCACUUUUAUCUGGUUAUCUUGUUUAUAUAUCGAUUCAUCUGGAUCAUCAAUAGAGAGCUACUUGAUCUGGCAAAUAAACUGAGAAGCAAUUCGCAUGUUGCCUUUCCACGUCUUCGACUGCUUCUCUCACUGUUUUCACGCCUCUUGGAACUCAACUCCCGUGUGGGUGGUAUCUAUGACUACCAAAUGAUAUUGAUGAUGUGCACGGUUUUGGGCUAUAACAUUGUGGCCACAUAUUUUCUAAUAGUUCACACAGUCAGUCCAAAAAAGACAUUCACAACGUUUAAACUGUUUCUAUUUUCACAAGCGUUGUUCAUAAAUACUUGGGACUUUUGGCUAAGUAUUGCAGUUUGUGAUCUUGCAGAACGUACAGCCCAAAAUACAGCUACGAUACUAAGGCUCUUUAGCGACAUUGAAAACAUGGAUAUCGAACUAGAUAGAAGGCUCAAUAACUUUAGCAUGUUUUGCAGCCAUCGAAAAUUAAGAUUCUACCACUGCGGAUUAUUUGAUGUGAACUACAAAAUGGGUUUCCAAAUGAUCAUCACCAGUGUUUUAUAUUUACUCUUCUUAGUUCAAUUUGAUUAUAUGAAUCUUGUAUAA